AUGAGGCUCAUAACGCACAACUUGCUUUCAUGCCAUGCAAAGCUAUGCUCAGCUCCGACGAACUUUCCCCUCGAUCUGCAGAACUGCACGACAGUUGAGGACCGCCCAGUCGACUUCAAUCCCGACUUCCUGCGUGGCUUUCUGCCCAAGCUAGAGUGGCCUGCACUCCUCCGAGCAUCUCGCCAGUUGGGAGACGCGAGCCUGCCGGAACAGCCACCCGCGAGCUUCACCUUAUCGCACACUACAGCCUCAACGGAAGAUGCCAUGCAGACGGAGAAGGCCACAUCGAGCGAAGAUGAGGAAGAAGUGCUCAAGAAGCUCCACCACGUUCUGCUGGAGCUACACGUGAUCGAUGGCGAGAUGACGUGUCCCUCUUGUCACCGCGUCUUUCCUAUCAAGUCGGGUAUACCCAACAUGCUGCUGGCUGAGCACGAGUUGCGCAAAUGA